AAGAAAGGGCCAAAGGGGUACGAACCCUAGUCUCACCCACAGACCCACUCACCCCUCUCCUCUCGAGCCUCCACAGUCCACUCUCACCUCUCGCUCUCAGUUCUCACGUCUCCGGUCUCCACCUCGAGCUUCCGGCGCAACUUCCGUCCAGCCACCACCACUGUUCGCGCAGCCACGCUCCAUCGCCAUGUCAGCCCUCGAAAAUCGCAGCCACCGCCAGCGCCACUUUUCGUCGCGCAGUUAGGGACUGCCGGCGCCAGCUCUGUUCAACCCUGCCACCCCUUCAGCCACCUCUUGCCAGCCACUGUCCCUAUCCCCGCCAGCUCUGCAUUUUUCCAGACUUCCAGCUUCUAACCCUAGUUAAAUCGGUUGAACCAAUAAAUCAAUGAACCAAUAACUAGAGCGGUUUAAUGAUUGGUUCAGUUGUCAGAACCUUGGUAAAAACAAGCUACGAGCUUACUACCCUGAUACCCUGCUUCUGUGAGUUGAGUUUUGCUUUGAAUCUUUUGAAUUUGUUGCGAACGGAAUAGCAGAUAUAGCUUCGAAGUGACAACUGAAGAUGACAGUCAAAUGGAUUCUUCACUGGACUCCAACCCAAGGAUCCGUCGUCAAUAGCCAAAUCCUGAACGAGAUUUCGCAGUGCGUCGAGAGCUUCAAUGCCGUCAAAGACGGAAGGUGGAAGGCUACCCUCACUUUCUACAGACCCAAUUUGCGAGACCCAACGAUUCCCAGCGAAUUCCCGCGUGAUUUUCUGGGGAUUUCGCUUUUGGAGCAGCCCAACAAAUACUACUUCAUAAUUCGCGGUAACAAAAUAAUCCUCGAGGCUGAUUCUACUAUCUUGACUAUAAUGGAGAAAUUGCAGUCUUAUAAAUCCAAAGUUGCUCUUAAUUUCGAGGGAGUGCAGUAUAAAAUGGGUGACUUUCAGAUGAAGGUGGUCAAAGUUGUUCCCAAUCAAGGUGAAAGUCUCAGAGGAAUUUUGAUUGAGAUUGAGUAUCUCCCUAUCUCAUCAAUCGAAAAAGCCAAGCCAAUUAUGGAAGAAUUUCUUGAGCUGUGGCGAGAAGUCAUGUCUAAAAAAUCAUUACCAGGGCAUUUCUCGCAAGCAGAACCACAUUUUGCAGAGUAUAAGCUUCCCGACAAUUAUACCUCACAACAUACAGCUAUCCAGUAUGCUGCUGCGUUAGCCCAACUAAUUGCAUCAGCACAGUUAAGGGGCUAGGAGGAUUCCUAGGUAUCUGUCCUCAUAUGUUAGUUGAAAGUUGAAAGUCUUCAUCUUUCCCUUGAGGAACAGCAAAUUGUUCUAACCUUGAUUGUAUUUAGCUGGCUGAACUCCGACACCCAGUGGCGGCGUGAUUGGAUUCCACUCAACGAAGGAGACUGUGGUGAUGCUCAUAUUGCUUUGCACUCGUUAAAGGGAACACAUGUUCCACUUCUUUAGCGAACUCAAAACAAAAUGAAAAUAUUGUAACUGUACGAGUCAUUUUUGUUCUCACUUUUUGUCUGCCAAAGUAUUACAGCUAUUGAUCCUUAUCUUAAUAUCUUAUACCUAUUGUUCAC